CUGAUGCUGAUUUCUUCAGACUGUGAAGAAAUGCUACAUAUCCACCUUAAGAAGCCUGUGAUUUGGGAUCUCAUGACUGUGUGGGAGCAGUGUGCAGAGGGAGGAUGUUGUAGGAGCAGGUGGAUGAAUUAAAAACACAGCGUACGCAUGAGCAGAGCCGGAUGAACUGCUCAGAACUGAUCCAAAAGGCUCAGUUCAGCACUUGUGCUGCCUCAGAAUGGAGCCUCAGCAUCCAUUACAGUGUCAGAGAGGAGUAAGAGUAAGCGAGGGAGGGAGGUAAGGAGGAGGAGUGCGCAUGAGAGGCAUCCGGGAAGGAGGGCAGAGAACUACAGACUCAGGAGAGGAGAGACGUGGAGAAAGGAGGUUCUGUGCCAGCUUUAAGCAGCACUUUGUUGGUGUAGUUUUUACGCUCUUUGCUCAAAAUGAGCAGCCCAUGUUUGCUGCGUGCUGCCCCAAUAAGUCAACCCAGACUUCGGGAAGUCAAGAUCAGUCUGAAGGCCAGCAGCAGAGAGACCACCAGCUCCACUACCUCCAAGAGCAGCAGUGGAGGAAACAGGGAGUCUACCAGCCGGACCUUUGCUCCAGCAGAGAAGGAGCCUCCGGCGCGGGUCAGUUUGAGCAGCAUUAGUCGAAGUAGAAGUACGCCACCUGUGAACCGGAGCAGAGCUGAGAACAAAAGGUCAGCAAGAGGAAGUGGUUCCAAAGAACCAGACGUGGAGCAUCACCUGGAGAAGAACGGCUCACUUUUACUAAAGGUUCCGCUCCCCGUGACACCGGUGGGUCUGUCCAACAUCUCCUCCUCGUCCGUCUCUUCUACGUCCUCCUCUGGCACCUCCAGACGUCAGAGGCCCUCUCACCUUCACCCCCAUCCACCUGUUGGCCCCAUUCUCUCCUCAACCUCCACUUCUUACUCCUCUCCCUCCUCCUCCUCCUCGGCCAGGAGUAUCAGAAGAACACGCUGGUUGAGUUAUAGCACGUCCAACAUCUACUUCAACUCUCUACUGGAGGGACGGUUCAGGCAACUGCAAGAUGAGCGUGAGGCGGUUCAGAAGAAGACCUUCACUAAAUGGGUCAACUCCAUCUUGUCCCGUGUUGGAUGUCGCAUCUCCGACCUCUACCUGGACCUGCGGGACGGACGCAUGCUCAUUAAACUGCUGGAGGUGUUGUCAGGAGAACGGCUGCCUAAACCGACCAAAGGCAGGAUGCGUAUCCACUGCUUGGAGAAUGUGGACAAGGCUCUGCAGUUCCUCAAAGAACAGAGGGUUCACCUGGAGAACAUGGGGUCACAUGACAUCGUGGACGGUAACCAUCGUCUCAUCCUGGGUCUCAUCUGGACCAUCAUCCUGCGCUUCCAGAUCCAGGACAUCGUCGUGGAAACGGGCCAGGCUGACCAGAAGGAGACGCGCUCAGCCAAGGACGCUCUCCUCCUGUGGUGUCAGAUGAAAACUGCAGGAUACCCCAACGUCAACAUCACCAACUUCACCACCAGCUGGAAAGACGGCAUGGCCUUCAACGCUCUCAUACACAAACACAGACCGGACCUGUUGGAAUAUGGCACUCUGAAGAGGUCCAACCCCACCCACAACCUCCACAACGCCUUCAAUGUAGCAGAACAAAAGCUUGGUGUGACCAAACUGUUGGACCCUGAAGAUGUGUUCACAGAGAACCCAGAUGAGAAGUCCAUCAUCACCUACGUGGUGGCAUUCUACCACUACUUCUCCAAGAUGAAACAGCUGGCCGUCGGAAGGAGGGUGGGAAAGGUUCUGGAUCAGGCCAUCGAGACGGAGAAGAUGAUCGAAAAGUACGAGACGCUGGCCUCAGACCUGCUGACGUGGAUAGAGCAGACCAUCAUUGUUCUGAAUAACCGUAAACUGGCCAACUCUCUGACCGGAGUCCAGCAGCAGCUUCAAGCCUUCAACACCUACCGUACGGUGGAGAAGCCGCCAAAGUUCUGUACAUAUUCAGUCAGUGAAUUGAAUGUUAAAAACAAUGUUGUGUCAUCAGAUCAUUCCAUCUAUUUUAUGUUAAAACAUGUGUCUCUCACAUGUCUCUGUGAACAGGCGUGGGAGCGUCUGGAGAGGGCAGAACACGACCGUGAGCGCGUCCUCAGACACGAGCUGAUAAGACAGGAGAAGCUGGAGCAGAUUGCCAGGAGGUUCGACAGGAAGGCGGCCAUGAGGGAGACCUGGCUCCUGGAGAACCAGAGGCUGGUGGCUCAGGAUAACUUUGGUUACGAUCUCCCAGCUGUGGAAGCAGCAAAGAAGAAACAUGACGCCAUUGAAACGGACAUUGCAGCAUACGAGGAACGUGUCCAGGCGUUGGUGGACAUCUCAAAGAAGCUGGAGGACGAGCGAUACCACGACGCCAAGCGCAUUGAUGCACGCAAAGACAACGUCCUGCGUCUGUGGGACUACCUGCAGGAGCUGCUGGAGGCCCGCAGGGGGCGUCUGGAUAAGAACCUGAUCCUGCAGAGGACCUUCCAGGAGAUGCUGUACAUCAUCAGCUGGAUGGAUGACAUGAAGGCCAGACUACUGUCUCCAGACUUUGGGAAACAUCUGUUGGAAGUUGAGGACUUGUUACAGAAACAUGCCUUGCUAGAGAAUGACAUUGCCCUGCAGGCAGAGAGGGUACACAAUGCCAGCGCUGAUGCUCUCAAGUUUGCAAAUGGAGACAGCUACAAGCCUUGUGAUCCACAGGUAAUCCGGGACAGAGUCCAGCACCUUGAACUGUGCUACCAGGAGCUGUGUGCCCUGGCCGCCCAACGACGGGCACGCUUGGAACAGUCACGCCGUUUCUGGAACUUCCUGUGGGAGUUGGCAGAACUGGAAAGUUGGAUCCGUGAGAAGGAGCACAUUUUCUCCUCCUUGGAUUACGGCAGGGACCUGACAAGCGUAUUGGUGCUGCAGAGCAAACACAGCGCCUUCGAGGAUGAACUGGGAGCCCGUCGAGGUAACCUCGAACAGGUACUCGCUGAGGGGGAGAAGAUGCUCCAGGCCAAGCACUUUGGUUCUCCUAAGGUUCAGGAAUGCAUGGACGACAUCAGGCAGCAGUGGGAGCAGCUGGAGGAGCUGGCUGCGUUCCGGAAGCAGAACCUGCAGGACACUCAGAGGUUCUUCCAGUUUCAGGGAGAUGCUGACGAACUUAAGGCUUGGUUACUGGAUGCCAAGAGGCAGAUGAGCAGCGACGACGUGGGUCAUGACGAGUACACCACGCAGCGGUUGCUCAAGAGACACAACGACUUGAGGAACGAGGCCAUCAAGAAUGGAGCCACCAUUGAAGCUCUGUCAAAACAGGCCAACAAUCUGCCCGAGGAGCUUCAGAACACCCCGGACAUCCAGAGACGUCUCAAAGACAUCAAGGACCUGUACAUGGAGCUCCUGUCGCUGGCUGACGUGAGGCAGAAGCAGCUCGAUGACACCAUGGCUCUCUACAUUAUCUUCAGUGAGACUGAUGCCUGUGAGCUCUGGAUGGGCCAGAAAGAGACCUGGUUGGUGGGACUGGAGGUGCCAGAGAAGCUGGAGGAUCUGGAGGUUGUUCAGAACAGGUUGAGCAUUUUGGCUCAAGAUAUGGCAAACAUGCAGUCCAGAGUUGACGAUGUGAACAAAGCUGUGAAACAGCUGGAGGACAACAGACACCCCCGCACCAAGGAGGUGAAGGACUGUCAGGUCAGGCUGAACAAGAGAUGGGAGGCCUUCAAGGCCAUGGUGGAGGAUAAAAAGAGGAAGGUGGAUUCUGCUGUCAGCCUCCACAACUACGGUCUGGAGUGUGACGAGACCGAGGCCUGGAUCAAAGACAAGACACGGGUGAUCGAGUCCACGCAGGACCUGGGCAAUGACCUGGCAGCUGUCAUGACCAUCCAGAGGAAGCUGUUUGGUAUCGAGCGGGAUUUAGCCGCCAUCGAAGCUAAGCUGACCUUCCUCAGGAAAGAAGCCGACCAUCUGGCUCAAGAUCACCCAGAGAACGCUGACGACAUCCUGGCCCGCAGAGGAGAGCUGGACGAAGCCUGGGACACGCUAAAGAAGACCCUGAAGGACAGAGAAGACUCUCUGGGUGAAGUCAGCAAGUUACAGACCUUCCUCCAAGACAUGGACGACUUCCAGUCCUGGCUGUUCAAGACCCAGAAGGCAGUGGCGUCAGAGGAGAUGCCAGCCUCGCUGCCUGAGGCUGAGGGUCAGCUCAGUCUCCACGACGCAGUGCGUGAAGACAUCAACAACCACGACGAGGACUAUCUCUGUGUGAAGGACACGGGGGCUCAGGUGAUGCAGGGACAGGAAGGAGAUCCUCAGUACCAGCAGCUGGAGCAGAGGCUCAAAGGCCUGGACCGUGGAUGGUACGAGCUGCAGACCAUGUGGGACAGUCGCAAGAACCUCCUGGACCAGGGUCUGGGAUUCCAGCAGUUUAUGAGAGACACCAAAGCUGUGGAGGCCAUUCUUAACAACCAGGAGUACACACUGGCCCACACCGACAGGCCCGACACCUUGGCCGGGGCGGAGCAGGCCCUGAAGAAGCACGAGGACUUUGUGAACACCAUGGAGGCCAACGAGGACAAGAUCGACGGAGCUCUGCAGUCGGGACACAGACUGGUGGACAGUAACAACCUGUACGCUGUGAAAGUCCAGGACAAGAUGGACUCCAUCCAGGAAAGGCGUGACAAAAACAAGAGUCGAGCCCAGGAGGUGUCUGAGAAGCUGCGGGACAACAGGGAGCUGCAGCACUUCCUGCAGAACACACAGGACUUGACCGUGUGGAUCCAUGAGAAGAUGCUGACCGCUCAGGACACGUCGUACGAUGGGGCCAGAAAUCUUCACAGCAAGUGGCUGAAACACCAGGCCUUCAUGGCUGAGCUGGCCUCCAACAAGGACUGGCUCGACAAAGUGGACCAGGAGGGUUCCGACCUGAUGGAGGCCAAACCUGAGUUCGAGCCCAUUGUCAAAGACCGUCUGGCCAAACUCCACGAGCUGUGGGACAAACUGGAAUCCACCACACAGGAGAAGGCUCGGCUGCUGUUCGAUGCCAACCGCUCUGAGCUGUUUGACCAGAGUCUCGGUGACAUGAGGAAGUGGCUCAGCGACCUCCAGCAGCAGCUGCAGAGUGGAGAUGAGGACGUGAAGGAUCUGACCAAAGCCAACAUCCUCCUGAAGAAGCAGCAGGUGAUGGAGAACCAGGUGCGAGACCGUGUGAAGGAGCUGGAGGAGCUCCAGGAGGCAGUCGACAAACACGGAGGAGGCAGGGAGGACCAGCCGGAGCUGGAGUCAGAGAUUCUGACCCAGCGGAAUGAAUUCCAGCAACUUUUUACUCCACUGGCUCAACGCAAAAGCAAACUGGAGGCAGCAAAGGCUGUUCAUCAGUUUUACAGAGACCUGGCUGAUGAGCUGCUGUGGAUAGAGGAGAGAAUGCCCUUGGCCAUGUCAGAAGAUCACGGCCACAAUCUCCAGACGGUGCAGAUGCUGCAGAAAAAGAACCAGACAUUACAGAGGGAAAUCGAGGGCCACCAGCCCCGUGUGGAUGAAGUCCUGGAGCGAGGUCAGAAGAUGGCAGAAGUCGCCAGCGCCGAGGGCCGAGUGGAGACAGAGCGGAUUACAGAUCAGAUGACGGAGCUGCAGGAGGCGUGGGCUCGGCUGCAGGAUGAGAUGGGGAAACGCAGACAGAGGCUGAACCAAUCAGAUUUAGCCCAGCAGUACUACAACGACGCCGACGAAGCUGAGGCCUGGAUAGGAGAGCAGGAGCUGUACAUGAUCACUGAGGAAAAGGCCAAGGAUGAACAGAGCGCCAUGCUGAUGCGGAACCGCCACAUGAUCCUCCAGCAGGCCGUGGACCACUUCACCGAGUCCAUCCAGAACCUGUCGGACCGGGCUCAGACGAUGUUUGCAGAGGACCAUCCUGACGGGGAGAGCAUCAUCAGGAGACAGGGACAGGUGGACAAACAGUAUGCUGGUCUGAAGGAACUGGCCGAGGACCGCAGGAAGAAGCUGGACCACACCUACCAACACUUCCUCCUGAGCAGAGAGGUGGAGGACCUGGAGCACUGGAUCGCAGAGAGGGACGUGGUGGCGUCCUCCCAGGAGAUGGGACAGGACCUGGACCAAGUGAUGCUCCUGAGGGACAAGUUCAGAGAGUUUGCUCGAGAGACGGGGAUGAUGGGACAGGAGCGGGUGGACAUGGUGAACCAGACCAUUGACGACCUGAUCGAAGGCGGUCACACUGAGGCUGCCACCAUGGCCGAGUGGAAGGACAGCAUUAACGACAGCUGGGCCGAUCUGCUGGAACUGAUCGACACCCGUGCUCAGCACCUCAUGACGUCUUAUGAACUGUUAAAGUACUUUGACGAUGGUAAGGAGCUGGUGGUUCAGAUCCAGGAGAAGCAGAAGGAACUUCCUGAUGACUUGGGCGAGGACUUCAGCAAAGCCGAGUCUUUCCACAGAAUGCAUGCAGCCUUUGAGAGAGACAUCAGUGCACUUGGAAAACAGGUUCCGCAGUUCCAGGAAACAGCGUCCAGGCUCCGAGCCCAGUAUGCAGGUGAGAGGGUGGAUGCCAUUAAGGCCGCAGAGCAGGAAGUUCUUCAGGCCUGGAAAGGUCUGUUGGAAGCCAGUGAGGGUCGCAGGGCUCGACUGGUGGAAACUGCUGAGAAGUUCCGCUUUUUCACCAUGGUCCGGGACCUGAUGGCCUGGAUGGAGAGCAUCAUCCAGCAGAUAGAGACUCAGGAGAAGCCCAGGGACGUCUCCUCCGUGGAGCUACUGCAGAAAUACCACCAGGGAAUUCGCUCAGAGAUCGAGGCCAGAGGAGCCAAAUUCACCGACUGCACGGACCUGGGCAAAGACCUGCUGACACGGAAGCACCGGGACUCUGUGGAGAUCAAAGAGAAGCUGGUGCAGCUGAUGGAGAAGAGGAAGGAGAUGAUGUUCAAGUGGGACAACAGAUGGGACUGGCUCAGACUCCUGCUGGAGGUGUGUCAAUUUGCCCGCGAUGCCUCUGUGGCGGAAGCUUGGCUCGUUGCUCAGGAACCGUAUGUGAGCAGCAGAGACCUGGGCCACACAGUGGACGAAGUGGAAAAGCUCCUCAAGAGACACGAAGCUUUCGAGAAGUCCACUGCCACCUGGGAGGAGCGUUUCUCUGCACUGGAGCGUCUCACUACGUUGGAACUGUUGGAGCUGAGGAAGCAACAGCAAGAGAUGGAGGAGAGGAUGAAACAAGAGCCAGGCUCUGAUAAGGACAGCAGGAGAGAAGACACAGGUUUCGCAGAGGAGUCGUCUCAGCUGUGCACCGUAGAGGAACAAACUCUGUCUGGUGCAGGUGAACCCAGUUCACGUCCUCUGGACACGACUGCUGCUGACUCUGCCGUUCCCAUUGAGUCAGAGAUGAGAGAGAGCGGCUCUCUAGAGCUGGAGCCAUCAGUCUCUGUGGCGAUGCCCAAGGAGCCAGAGAAGGCUGCCACCAUGCCUGUGGAGCCGCUCAGAGAUCAGAGCGUACAGCAGGGGGGCAUGCUGGAACGUAAACUGGACGUAGACGGCUCAGGGAAAAGAGCCUCCAACAGGUCCUGGAACAACCUGUACUGUGUGCUGACGCCUGGUCAGCUCUCAGCCUAUAAGGACGCCAAGAGCUUUGGUCAUGGUUCCACAUACCAGGGGGAGACACCGCUGUCCCUCACUAACGCUAACUGGGAAUGUCUCAGCAACUAUAAGAAGAAGAGGAAUGUUGCCAAACUACGUCUUGAAGAUGGCAGAGAAUAUUUGUUCAAGUGUAAAGACGAGAACGAGCUGCAGCUCUGGAGCCAGGCCAUGGAUAGAGCCAUUCAUAAGGCGGAGGAGGCAGAGUCAGGGCCCUCAGGAGCCAGAGCCCGCAGUCUGCCCCCUCCCUCCUCCUCCACCACCACCACUUCCUCCUCCUCCUCAGCUGCCCUCCCUGAGCCCACCUCUGCAAAGAAAGAGAAAGAGAAGAUGUUCAGUCGCUUUGCCAAGAAGAAGUGAGAGAAGAAAGUGUGAGGAGCGGUGGGUGCAAAGGGAGGAGGGAGGUUGGGUGGGUGCGGGGGCCGGGGGCCAAUGAGGCCGCCUGGAGACAGAGAUUCAUGUUUGUGUACAAUCAGCUUUAGCAAACCUUUUUAAUCACUAGACCUUUUUUUAUUGUUAUUAUUAAUAUUAAAUAUUCCUUUGUGAGAUUUUAAAAUCAUAUUGUAGUUUAGUGGAGGCCCGUCACUCUGUAACUCAAGCCAGUGUUUGACUGAGUUUUGUUUUGUUUUUUUGUUAUUCUUUGUUUUGUUUUUGGGACAUUUUGCAUCAACCAAAUUCAAAUUAUUUGAAUUAAAGCACAGAAACGUUACUUUCACACUCAACCAAAGAAUGUCUGUAAAACUCUUUUCUUUUGUUUUCAUGGAACUUUCACCGACAUGACGUGUUGUUUCUUUGAGGCGUGCUUCAGUAGAGCCAUGUAUGGUGGGUAUGAAAAGUCGACACACCCCUGUUAGAAUGCCAAUUUGUAUAUUAAAAAAAGAGACAGCAUCCUCUGAAAA